AUGACUUCGUCUCUUGACCCGUCAUCGUCACUAUGGCUGUGGGUUUGGGCUUACGUGCUGAUCACUGCUCCUACUACCUUCAGCUUAUCACUAUCACCAGCAGCUGAUGAUUCCAAAAGCGCAUCCUCGUCCAAUAAUAAUAAGUCUUAUUAUUGGAACGGAUUGCAUUUUCAGCUUCAGCAUUUUUGGACUUGCCCUAGCAACAAUGGCCAAUCGACUGAGCGCACUGGUAGCAAACUUUUGGCUGAUCUUUUGCUUCAAUCGGAAGAUGUCAAUAUUGGUUUUGUCAGCAAAUCCCAAGCCAAACGAGCCUGUCAAAACGGAGCGGUAUGGAUUCUGAAUAGCAUUAAUAAGGGGCAUUUUUUGGAGUUGCUGCAACGCGAUUUGAAGACCAAAAGCAUGUUGGAGAUGAAAAGCUUGCAUCUUGAUCAUUCCGCGCUGAUAGAGGGUCCUUUCCUCCAAGCACAUCCAUCCACCAUAUUGCAACCAAGUGAUGAAGUUUGGAUCAUGGUCGACCGUCAAUGGAAGUCUGGUUGGAACGGGUAUCCAGUUUUCGUCACGAAGAACUGGUUGCCACCCCCAGCAAGUCGAGGUCUUCUUGAUAGUCUGGCGGGGUGUGUUUUGUAUGAAGAUGACGAGAUUGCAAUGAUCAACAAACCUAAAAACCUCACCACAAUUUCAAAUCCAAUGGCAGCUAGUUGUUGCUCAAUGAGUAGUACAAGCGAUGAUCGAGACGACUUGCAGUCCCUUCUUGGUUUCCUCCUUCAAUGUCCCAUUGAUGGGACCACAAAGUUUCACAAAGGCGACGACGCUUACCAACCCAGACCAGUCCAUCGACUAGACAAGCCGACAUCUGGGCUUGUUUUGGUGGCCAAGUCAGCGAGAGCCAUGAAGAUCUUGAGCAAAGCCUUUGCCGAACGACAGGUUACCAAAACGUAUUCUGCCAUUGUGUUACAUGGUGGAGACGAGAGUGGGCUGUACCAAUGGGAACUUGACCAGUCUGAGAAUCGGAAGGACGAUCCAAGUUGGUAUACAAUCGACUAUCCCAUUAAUGGAAAAUCUGCCAUUUCGUCAUGGCGGUUGAUACGAUCGAUAUCUCUGCAAAUAGGGUCACGUGUUUUGCAGCAGUUUUGUAAGAAGAACUAUGACAAAGGUGAACUGUCAUGGGAUCAUUCAGAACCGUCUGAUAGUGAUGCAUCCCGAGAUGAUGAUUGCAAUCAGAAGCUUUCUCUGUUGCAAGUCCGUCCUCACACUGGCCGAACCCAUCAAAUUCGCCGCCAUUUGGCCUAUAACUUGGGUUCACCUAUUGUGGGCGAUACCAAGUACUAUGCUGCUGGUGGCCAAAAACGCAAGGGACCCUUUUGGAAAGACUGGCAUACGAACCAACCAAGGAUGUACCUGUGCUGUCACGAAUUGGAGUUUCCAUACGAUUUGUUGAUUGGAACGCAGUCCACCGCAACAAUGAUCACGGCUAUCAAUAGCAAGAGCAAGACCGCUGCCAAUGUUACAGUCGUAGUAGCAGCACCGAAUGUCCAAGGUGCACCGACUUUGCGAUUGAGAGUCUCUAUCCCCUUGCCCUCCUCAUUUCAUGAUUUGCUGUCAAAAUAA